AUGCUCACUAGCAGGCCUUGGCUAGAUCCUACUCAGAUGGGAGAGGCAAAGAUUUUAGUGGAGGUAAAGUUUGACAAACCAUUUCCUCAAAAGGUAGCAUUGAAAGAAAUAAGUGGUAGAAUCACAAUGGUUGAUGUGAUCUACUUGUGGUUGCCAUCAAAGUGUAGUAAGUGUGGUCAUUUAGGCCAUAAAGAAUCCAGAUGCUUAGGAAUAGAGAAAAAUAUUGCUAUGGCUGCUGACAACUCUGCCCCAAUUGAUUUAGAUGUUUCUAAAAAUGCUCCUAUUAUAGCACAGGAAGCGAGUAUUGUUUCAGGUCAAGCGUAUAUUUCAGAGUCGGUUUUGAAGACCAAUGUUCAAGGUGUAUUCUCUGCUACGAAUACACCUACUUCACCAUUAAAGGAUGUCAGUUUCACCGAAGUGCUUGCAGUACCGGAAACAGGGAGAGUUUUAGCUGAUCCACUUGUUGGAGAGAAGAUUGUUCAAUCUUCAGAUAAUGUGUUGAGCCAAAAUGAUUCUCUACUUACAACUUCAGAUGAGGUUGUCCAGUCUUUCCAAACUACUGAUAUUGUUAUUACAGAUGCUGAACAUACUGUCCCAUCUUCUUGCCGUUCUGGGAAGACUACUAAAUCAAGAAAAGAAGCUUCAGGUUUCGCAACAGGAAGUGAAGCCAAUGUUAAAUCUUUGAGAGGUGAAAGUUAUUCUGCUAAUCAGUUUGCUGCUUUGGAUUGGGGUUCGGAUAUGGGGGAGUCAGAGGAUCCAGAAGAUGAUAUCAGCACGAACCUUACAACUCCAUUUACCGAUAGCCUUCUUCGGGAUAGACCGGUGAAGCUUUCCACAAAAGCAACAGAGAUGGCAGCUACUUUACAUGCAACUAGGGGUAGAGGAAAGCGUGGACGUGGUAGACGUGGUCGGCUUGGCUAA